AUGCCCACCGUCAUCCCCUUAACACCCGCACUCGGCACCAGCCUAUCACUCGGCAACAAACACUACAAACCCCAAUACAGCCUAGACAACCUCGUACAAGACAUCAAGACCUACCUAGGCUCCAGCAGCGGCAUCUCGUCCAAAGACGUAGACAACGAAUACCUGAUCUCGCUGGCGCAGAAAUACGUCUCCGAUCCGAAUGACUGGGCCCGCUAUUUCUACAAUGAUACCAGCAAGAACUACACGCGCAAUGCGAUUGAGAAUAUCAAUCAGAAGGCUAAUAUCCUCCUCCUCGUCUGGAACCCAGGCAAAGGCUCACCGGUCCACGACCACGCAAACGCACACUGCAUCAUGAAGAUCCUGGCUGGCACGCUACAGGAAACUGUUUACCGGAUUCCUGAAGGGGAUGAUCGAGGUCCGCUUGAGAUCAAGUCUGAUACAAGACAUGGCAUGAAUGAUGUUGCUUAUAUCUCUGAUGAUAUUGGCUUGCAUCGGGUGCAUAAUCCGAGUAGUGAUCAGAUUGCUGUUUCGCUUCAUUUAUAUACGCCGCCGAAUGCUGCGGACUAUGGGUACAAUGUUUAUAAUGAGAAUACGGGGAAGGCGAGCUUUGUGCCGCAGGCUAAAGCUGUUGAGUUGAAAGAGUGA